AUGCUCAUCAGAGGUAGCCGACAUGGAAGGGAAGAUGGUGACUGCUCUCCUUCUUUGGAAUGCCCUGUUGGAAGUGGGCAAAUAUACACAGAAUGUGGUUCCUUAUGUGAGACAACUUGCCAUGAAUUAUCUCAGCCGCUCACAGAUUGUAACUCAGAAAGUGUCUUUGGUUGUCGUUGUCCGAAUGGAACAUUACUUAAUAACCAGAAGAAAUGUGUUAAAAUUGAAUACUGCACCUGCUUUGAUAAAUACACACAGCUGCAUUAUGAUGCUGGGACAUCUUUGCGGAGAAAGGGAGAUGAUUGUGUAUGUACUCGUGGAAAAUGGAUUUGCCAAGAAGCAAAAGAAGAAAUUAUUUGUCCUAAAAACCAAAUUUGGUCAAUGAAUGCUACAAGUUGCCAAGAAACAUGUGCAACUUUAUCAAAACCUGAGAAGUGUGUUUUCUUCAGUAAUGAAUAUGAAGGAUGCAGAUGUGAAAAAGACCUUGUUAUGUCACCAAAUGGUAGUUGUAUUGACAGAGAUGCUUGUCCUUGCCCAUAUGGAGAAACAUGGAUGAUGCCAAAAACAAUGCUUGGAAGUACAGUGUGUAAUGUUGUUUCACCAGAAUUGCAUGCAUCUAGUGAAUGGCAACUCCAAUAUGACAGUUCACCUGUUCAUUCAGUGCAGCUUGUGCAGCAGUUUUUGGCCAAACCCAACAUUCUCCAGCCAUAUCACGUUGAAAGUACCGGUUCUUGUCCGAUCACUGGUGUAAGCAAUGUUGAGCCUACCACAUGUUGGGCAUCAGGUGAUCCUCAUUAUUUUACCUUUGAUGGCAUUCACUAUACAUUUGAAGGAGAUUGUGAAUAUGUUUUGACAGAGGCUGUUGAUAAAACAUUUGCAAUUACUAUUAAAAAUAUCAAAUGUGGCUUUCCUGCAGUCACUUGUACCAAAGACGUUGUUGUCUAUUUGCUCAAUAAUAAGAUCCAUUUUGUAAUGGACAAGAUUCCCACUAUUGAUGGUGUAAAAAUCUCUGACAGAGGAAUAGCAACAUCAGGAUUUUCAAUAAAGAAAUCAGACUUCUACUACUCAUUAUUUACCAAUAUAGGAUUAACUGUCCAAUGGGAUCAAGGUACAAGGGUGUAUGUGCAUUUAGCAGAAAACUGGAUGGGAAAAGUUCAAGGGCUGUGUGGUAAUUUUGAUCGAGAUUCUACCAAUGAUUUUAUGUCACGGUAUGAAUCUAUUGAACGUGUUCCUUCAGCAUUUGCCCACAGUUGGAGAGUUUUUGAUUGUCCAAUGGUUCCACAGAACAAGCCUGAAAAUAAUGUUCACCCUUGUGUUUAUAACUCUAUAAGGAAACAGUGGGCUAUGGAAAGUUGUGGUACAAUAAAAAAAGGCCCUUUGUUUGCAAGCUGCCGUAAUAUCCUACCUGAUAAUGUUGUCAAAGAAUAUUAUGAAGAUUGUCUCUAUGAUGCUUGCGGCUGUAAUCUUGGAGGUGAUUGUGAAUGUUUGUGUACUGCAGUAGCCAAUUUUGCUACCAAGUGUGCUACUAAUGGAGUUCCUGUAAAUUGGCGUUCUUCUGAACUCUGUGGUGUCAUGUGUACUGGUGGUCGAGAGUACAGAGCUUGUGGGCCUGCAAACCCACAAACAUGCAGAGAUUUAAGUUCUACUCAUAUAAAUGAUAAUGGAACAUUUUGCACUGAAGGAUGCUAUUGUCCAGAGGGUCAAGUAGAAGAUGGUGAUAAGUGCAUACCUAAAACGGAAUGCCCAUGUCUAGAUGAGGAGAAUAUUUAUCCAUCUGGAACGUUCAUUAUUAAGAAUAAUUGCAAGAAUUGCACUUGUAAAGCUGGAAACCUGUUUUGUGUAACUUGUAACUGUACACUUGACCAGUACCAAUGUAGUGAUGGAGAAUGUAUUAAUAAAACUAAAGUUUGUGAUGGAGUUUAUGACUGCAAUUUAGCAGAUGAUGAAGAUGACUGUGUAUCAACCACUGUGAAGUAUACCACCUAUGUAUCAACUACAGAAUCUAGUAUUGUUACACAAACGACAGGAAGUUGUAUCUCUGUUGGUGCAGCUUUACCAGGCAAGGCAGUCUUGUGCUUGCAUUUCCCAGCUUACCUUUCAACACCACUCUACACUAACAUAUCAACAACAGUUCCACCCAGUGUGUCUACAACAGUUUCACCUAGCACUAUGACUACCACAACUUUUGAAUGUGAAAAUAUUGAUGGAAUGGACAAUGAGAAUGUAAUAUCUGAUGAUUCGAUCAUACUUAAUCCUCCUGGUAAUCCAAGUGAUAUUCGACCCAAUGGACAAGGUUGGAAAACGAAUACUACGGGGAAUAGGAUUAUUUAUAUAGAUAUUGGAGAUGACCUUAACAACGGAGGAGAAGUUUAUCUUGUCAAAUCAAAGAAUAUAGAAAUUUAUCAAGUAGAAUUGUUUGGAAAAGUAAAGGUGAGUUUAAUAAUUGCCUGGUGUGUGUGUUUGCAAAGUUUUGAUAUGUGA